AUGCAGCAUCAACCGGAUCGUAAUGACGUUUGUCACCUGCAGAACACUAUGCCCAUUGAACUUUGGGACGGGCAAUUGAUCCCGUUCUUGACUCUAAAUGAGGCGGUAGCGUUGGCGGAACUGAAUCACUUUUUCUACGACGUCGUGCACGAACACGUCCAGCUACGAUCCGAGGCUUCGCUGGUCUGCACCGUUCCAGAGCUUUUGCGAGUGUUGAGCAAGUGGCGGAACCUCCGCGAUGUGGCUUUCCAACCUGUCGCCGACUCGGAGAGUGAGAGAUUGCUCGAAAACAUCCAUUACAACGUGAACGCUCUCGGUGGGCUCAUCGUUAAUCAUGAUCGCAACGAACCUGCUCCUGAGCCCGAAGCAAACGAGAGCUACACCGACGAAAGUGGAGUGAGUGUCCCGACGAGGUAUACCUGUCCCAAGGUACUGCAAACUUGCAUUCGAAGCAGUGGUGCCCAAGUGAGGCGAUUGAACUUGUCAGGAAUCGUGCGCGUGAGUUUGUUCGACGGCGUGAACCGCCUACACGAGCUCGGAUUGAGUGGUUGUAGCCAAAUCGACGGGUUGCACUGGUUGAAAGGGAUUCGCGAAGUGGAUUUGAGCUACUGCAGCUUCUUGGAGGAUGUUUCGUUCCUGGGUGACUCGCAGCAGGUAGACCUCUCCUAUUGCCACACCGUCACAGAUCUCUCGCCAUUGGCAAAGUGUAAAUCCGUACAACUCAACGUGUGUCGAGGAAUCAGCGACGUGAGUCCACUGAGUCACGUACGUCGCGUGAGUCUGCGGAAUUGCCCAGCCGUGAGCGACGUUAACGCACUCGGCAACGUACACGAGCUGAAUCUCGGAGGGUGUGCAAAUGUCACGAACGUCAGCGCGUUAAACAACGUACACGAGCUCAAUCUCUCCGGUUGUAUCAACGUGACCGAUGUCAGCGCGCUAGGCAAAGUACACACUUUGCAACUACGCAAAUGUGCUGGAAUCGUCGACGUAUCGGCUCUUGGAGGUGUUCAGGAUUUGGACCUCACUGGCUGCAUCAAUGUCACGGAUGUGAGCGCACUAGGACGAGUGCCUACACUGCAGCUUGCUCUCUGCAGACACAUCAGCGAUAUCUCCGCUCUUAGCAAUGGCGUGCAAGAGCUGUCGCUGCGGCAGUGCGGUGCAGUGACGGAUCUCAAAGCAUUAGGGUCAAGCUCGAGUCUUCGUGACCUGGAUCUGUCAGGUUGCACGGGUUUCCCAAGCUCCGACCUGCGUCAUCUGCCUCCACUAGAUCGACUUGUGCUGUCACGAUGUAGCCAACUUACUACGCUCGAUGGUCUCAUGUGUGUCCGUGAACUCGACGUGAGUUUCUGCAAAAACCUAAAAACAUUAGGGUUUUCUCUACGCGAGGUACACACACUCAUAACCUACCGCUGCGAGAAACUCGAGGACAUUGAAGUGCUCACAUCUUCUGCUAAGAGUCUUACAAAGGUGAAUCUCUCCGGGUGUUCGCACAUCAGCGACAUCCGCUUUCUCGCUGGAGCACAAGAAGUGGAUCUGCGCUUCUGUGACGCACUCGAGGACGUUCGUCCGCUAGCUGCGAGCGCUCGCGUCGUCAAGCUCGCCGGGUGCUCCAAACUAACAGAUGUGUCACCUCUCGCACGAGUUCGUGAGCUGGAUCUGAGCUACUGUACCAACGUCCAAGACGUGUCGGCUCUGGCGUCCGUCCACACGCUGUCUCUGCGUCACUGUCCCAAAGUGAUCGACGUGUCUGCCUUGUCUGAAGUGCACACACUCAACCUCUCAGGCUGCACGCAACUAGAAGACGUGUCGGCUCUGCAGAACGUGCACGAACUCAAUCUCUCCGACUGCGCCAAGCUGAAAGACGUCAGUAUGCUCACAGGCGUCCGCGUGCUGGAUCUACGCUACAACAAGAGCAACAGCAAGAGUCUCAAGACCGGAGUCGCCAAACUGCGCGGUCUAGUGCCCACCAUCCGCAUCUAA